GCUGCGCUACUGCAGCAGUAAAAUCGAGUCACAAAUUAUCGAUAGGCAACAAACGGACGUGUCAAAAUUAGAACGCAAAAGCAAAACACAGCGGUGCCGCGCAUUUAUUUACAAAUAAACUAGAGCUUAAAAAAAUAGAGAAAAUGGCAGAUGAACAACCCAAUCUUGUGGCUGGACACCCACCUGCAUUGAAGGCAGGAGGCAUGCGAAUUGUGCAGCACAAGGCGCCCACGGCCGAGCGUGCGCCCAAGGACGCAGAGGACUGCACUGGACUUACACAACCCAUAGCCGUGAACUCGGGAUCGGUGAGCGGUGCUCCCGUCAAGGGCAACACGGACUUUACGCCCGCCUCUGCCCAGGUGGCCCACUCCCCCAAGCCCCCGGCUGCAGUGCAGCAGAAGCCCCAGAUCCACAUCCAGCAGCCACGCAAGUGAUGCGGACUCCGGCCGGCCAACUAUUAUGAAUUAACCUAACCUUUUGAUCUUUUGUUAAAAUCCAUAAGUCCUCAAUGGUAUUGAUGUCGCCUGUGAAAGCGAUAACUAAUCUGUAUGCAUUUGCUAGUUGCAUUCCAUAAAUGAAUUAUGCUGAUUCUCUGAGUUUAUAUUUUGUAAUAAACGAUAUCCCUUUUUAUAUAUUUCACGUA